GUGAUAUAUUUGCAAGAAUUGGAAUAUCUAGAAUGUUUGAAAUGCAAUAUGUGACAUAUCCUCAUUUGGUGUAUGAAUUUUUUAGCUCAUUUGCGUAUACAAAAGAUGUGAAUGAUCAUGCAAAUGACAUAAUCACCUUUCGUUUACUAAAUGAGGAUCGUUCAUUAACCAAACGAGAAUUUGUUCAACAUUUUGGUCUCCCAUGGUUUGAUGAAGCACGUACAUAUGAUUCUCUUGUGGGGUAUGAAUUGUGGAGAAGAAUGACCGGAAAGAAUGUGGUUGAUCUAUCUAAACUGAGUGUGAAUCGUGUGCAACAUCCGGUCUUCCGACUAUUCUUAAAAUUUUGCUCAAGUUGUUUCCUCGGAAGACCGAAUAAUCAUCACACACGUAUCUGGGAUGUGUGUGUUCUAGCACAAGCUGUUUUGCCAGGCCCAAAUCAAGUUGAUGUUGCCACCAUCUUAUGGACUCAUUUCAACAACGUGGCAACAUCAACAGGACUAAUUGCUAUGGGGGGCCUCAUCACACAUCUAGCCACUUUAUAUGGUUUUAUAGACCCCGGCCCCAUCACCUCAAGACACCUUAUUUGCACUGAAUGGCUUUUACAAAAGACGCUAGACUUGGUCCCCUC